AUGUGUGGAGGAAGGGAGGGAGAGAGAGAAAUAUAUAUAUAUAUAUAUAUAACAAAAAUGGCGGAACGAUUCUUUAAAAAAAAAAAGACAAGAAAAAGUUUAAACGGUGGGUUUACACGCACACGAGCAUGCAAAAAAAAAAAGUUUCUUAUUUAUUAUUUUUUAUUUCUUUUUUUUUUCUCUUUUUUUUUUUUAAUCAUUUGUUGUGUUUCACCGUGGUUCGCCUGGUUUUUAUCUUCUUUGUUACAUUUAUUAUUUUAUCGUGUCACACCCCUCGUCCUGUUAUUUCCAUAA